CUGGUUCCUGAGGGAGUUGGGUCCUGCAGAGUGAAGAUUUAAAUUCCAAGGUCAUGGCAAAACAUCUGAAGUUCAUUGCCAGGACUGUGAUGGUACAGGAAGGGAACACAGAAGGUGCAUACAGGACCCUAAACAGAAUCCUCACCAUGGAUGGGCUCAUCGAGGACAUUAAGCGACAGCGGUACUAUGAAAAGCCUUGUUGCCAAGGACGACGGGAAAGCUACGAAACCUGUCGGCAGAUCUACAACAUGGAAAUGGCUCGCAAGAUCAACUUCUUGAUGCGAAAGAAUCGGCCGGAUCCAUGGCAGGGCUGCUGAGGCCUGUGGAUAGUAGGCCCAGUAUGAAAAUCCCUAUCCAGCUGUCUCCUUUCUUUCUACAAUCCCAUUUUCUCUUACCUUUCUUAUAAUAAAUUCAAUCACAUAUGUGCAA